AGUACGAGUCACUUUGAGCGAUAAAUAAAAGACCGGAUACUUCUCUCACAAUAUUUGGCUUGUUCACAGAGAGGUGUAGAAAUAUGGGGAAACACAACAGCAAGCUUGCUCCUGAAGUGCUUGAUGACUUGACCAAGAGUACAGAGUUCAACGAAGCUGAGCUGAAGCAGUGGUAUAAGGGGUUCCUGAAGGACUGUCCAUCUGGCAUCCUCAAUCUGGAAGAGUUCCAGCAACUCUAUGUCAAGUUCUUUCCUUAUGGCGACGCUUCAAAAUUCGCCCAGCAUGCCUUUCGGACAUUUGACAAAAACAGUGAUGGUACCAUUGACUUCAGGGAGUUCAUCUGCGCACUGUCCAUUACUUCCAGGGGAAGUUUUGAGCAGAAACUCAACUGGGCCUUCAACAUGUAUGACCUGGACGGAGAUGGCAAGAUCACACGCAUGGAAAUGCUGGAGAUCAUUGAGGCAAUCUACAAGAUGGUUGGGACGGUGAUCAUGAUGCGUAUGAACGAAGACGGGUUGACCCCACAGCAGCGUGUGGACAAAAUCUUCAGCAAGAUGGACAAGGACCACAACGACGAGAUCACGCUGGAGGAGUUCAAAGAGGCGGCCAAGAGCGACCCCUCCAUUGUUCUUUUACUGCAGUGUGACAUGCAGAAAUUGAAAAUGUCAGAAGAGCAACAUGCCCGGUUACAGGUUGUGCCAGAGGAAGAGCAUUACAGAAUUACUGAGAGUUCAGGGCAGGACUGAAUCCUUUGAUAUUUGCGGGUGCCUUCAUAUAGAGCGCUCUACCCCACUAGAUAACACUCCAGCAACUAAUACUGACACAUCAGUGGAGUUUGAACGCAUUGCCAUAAUCUGACGAUACCAUCACAAAGCAUAGACUUCUAACUGCGUUAUUGGCCGAGAUAAAACUGAAAAGCCAUGGCUGAGUAAAAGAGUGAUAUUUCUAACGGGUCAUGCCAGAAAACGAGGAGUAGCGUUAGCUAGAGAACUGACAAUAUAUGUACAUGAUGACAUUUUGUACAUAAUGCCUAUACACAUGCUUAAUAUGUACAUGUAAAUGUUUCUCUACCUUAGAACUGCUUUCAUAAUCUGACACGGCUGCAAUGAUUUGUGUGCUAACACAAAAAAAACUUACUGUACUUACGUAUGUGGGUCUGUCCGUGGAAGAGGCACACUAAUGUGUGCAUUUUCUUCAUUAUAAUCUGGUGUGAAAGCUGCAGUGUGAGUGUGUGAGUUCAUGUAAGAGAACACAAAUGCCUCAAUCUUUGUAUUAAUUCUUUCUUAUGAUCUUCACGCCAGUGCUAGGAGUAUUACGCCGU